AUGACUAUCAGGAGGAUGAUUUAUAAUAUUGCCACCGAGUUUCUUCCUUGGAAGAUCACAAUAAUAAUGUCCGAUUUGUCGCUGGAUUUGGUAGAAGAAAUACUAUCUAGGGUUCCAACCGCAUCUCUAACAAGAUUACGGGCUACUUGCAAAAGAUGGAACGCUUUAUUCAAAGACAGGAGAUUCAUUGAGAAGCACUCUCGUAAAGCUGCAAAGCAGCCCAUGGCUUUCAUGUUGAAGAACUCUACAAUUUUUUUAGACGAUGGACUUUUGAUUUGGAAUCCGUGUUUGGGGGAAACCAGAUGGAUCCAACCCAAAAUUAAUCGCAAGAGAUGGUCUAGAUUUUCUCUAGGUUACGACAACAACGAAGUUUGGAAUAGCUACAAAAUUUUAAGGUCUUAUGAACAAGAUUACAAAGUUGUUGGGUCUGAAAUUUAUGAAUUUAGCUCUGAUUCAUGGAGGGCCCUUGAUGUCGGAAAUACUUACUGGCUUGCUUUUAAUUCAAAAUACAAAUUCAUACUAAGUUUUGAUUUUACAAGAGAGAGAUUUAGACGUUUUUGUCUUCCAACGUUUCAGAAUCUUGGUGGGAUGGCUCUAUCAGUUGUUAGAGAAGAAAAACUCUCACUGUUACAUCGGAGCUUUGAUCCAUCAUCAAAGAUGGACAUGUGGGUGACUAAUAAUAAUAUUGAUACUGAAACUGUGUUGUGGAGCAAAUCCUUUACGGUGGAUAUAUCUACUACUGAUGGAUAUUUUCACAUUCCCAAGAGCUUUUUGAUCGACGAGGAGAAGAAAGUGGUUAUGUGCUGUAAUGCAAGUUUUGAGCCAAAUAGCGGGAAGACGGAAUACGCUAUUCAUAAAUAUCACACAGAAUCCCUUUUUGUAGAAACUACACACGUAUCAGAAUUCCCUUUUAAUUUCAGUUAUGUUCCAAGUUUGGUCCAAAUCCAGUGA